GUUGUCAAUUGCCAUCUCAUGCACCUUUUCUCCACUGUCAAUUUGUCAAAUUAUUUGCGGGCCUUACUAGAAGGCAUUUUGCCGAAAAUAAUUCUCAUCAACUUGCUGCCACUCAAUACUGUUUACCGCUCUUAUUUGUCAGUAUGGAAAUCCGCAAAGUGAUAGACCUGCUCAGGGCAACCAUUUGUCCCACUCAGAGGCAACAGGCCGAGGCUCAGCUCGAUCAGAUCUACAAAAUAAUCGGUUUUGCCCCUGCUUUACUUCAAGCAAUCAUGAUGGCAGACUGCGACAUGCCAGUGAGACAAGCUGGCGCUAUUUACUUGAAAAAUCUCAUUUCAACUAGUUGGCAAGAUCGGGAAGCUGAGGCGGGACAACCAGUGCCUUUUGCGCUUCACGAACAAGACCGUGCCCUGAUACGGGACAGUAUAGUGGAUGCUGUGGUUCAUGCCCCAGAUUUAAUACGAACUCAACUAUGUACUUGCGUCAAUAACAUGGUGAAGCAUGAUUUUCCAGGACGAUGGACGCAAAUUGUUGACAAAAUUAGUGUAUAUCUUUCGAACCCAGAUCCGACCUGUUGGCUUGGUACCUUACUGUGUCUUUAUCAGCUUGUGAAAAAUUUCGAGUACAAGAAAAUCGAGGAACGAGCGCCGCUGCAUGAAGCUAUGAACUUGCUAUUACCGCAGUUAUAUCAGCUAGAGAUUAGGAUAUUAGCCGAUCCCUCUGAACAAGCUGUAUUACUGCAAAAGGAAGGCCUAAAAAUAUACUUUGCCCUGACGCAGUACAUUUUGCCGUUAGGGCUGAUUAGCAAAGAAUCUUUCGCUCAAUGGAUGGAGGUCUGCAGACAGGUCGUGGAGCGAGCGGUGCCUCCUGAAGCUCUUCAACCAGACGAAGACGAAAGGCCGGAUUUACCUUGGUGGAAAUGUAAAAAAUGGGCUUUACACAUCUUAUGUCGGAUGUUUGAAAGAUACGGGUCUCCUGGACACGUCUCCAAAGAAUACAACGAAUUUUCUGAAUGGUAUCUUGAAACAUUCAGUACUGGAAUAUUGGAAGUGCUCUUAAGGGUUUUAGAUGGUUAUCGAGGUGGGCACUGGGUGCCCCCAAGGGUGCUGCAGCAAACUCUAAAUUAUCUAAAUCAGGCUGUGUUGCAUGCUCAUACAUGGAGAAUUUUAAAACCACAUAUGCCCGCUAUCAUACAAGAUGUUUUGUUCCCCCUGAUGAGCUAUUCUGCAGAAGAUCACGAAUUGUGGACUGUAGAUCCACAUGAAUAUAUUCGAGUCAAAUUUGAUGUUUUCGAGGACUUUGUCUCACCGGUGACUGCCGCACAAACGCUCUUACAUUCUUCGUGCAAGAAGAGGAAAGAGAUGUUGGGUAAAACGAUGGGAAUGCUGACUCAAAUUUUGAAUAACCCCGCAACUGAUGCACCACAAAAAGACGGAGCCUUACACAUGAUCGGCUCUUUGGCAGAUGUUCUACUCAAGAAGAAACCUUACAAGGAUCAAUUAGACCAGCUGUUCCUCAAGUACGUUUUCCCAGAGUUUAACAGCGAACGAGGUCAUAUGCGAGCACGUGCUUGUUGGGUGAUGCAUUAUUUUGCCGAAUUUAAUUUCAAACAGGAAAACGUCCUUAUGGAAUCUGUCAACCUAACUGUACGAGUUUUGCUUUUUGAUAAAGAUUUGCCUGUUAAAGUGGAAGCCGCAAUUGCCAUACAAUCGCUUCUAAACUAUCAAGAGAAAAGCCAUAAGUAUAUCGAAGCUCAGGUCAAGCAAAUAGCCUUAGAACUUUUAACGAUAAUCAGGGAAACGGAAAACGAAGACGUGACUGGUGUGAUGCAGAAAUUGGUCUGUGUGUUCACUCAGCAAUUGACAUCGAUUGCUGUGGAAAUCUGUCAGCAUUUGGCCAGUACUUUCAACCAGGUGUUAGACACCGAUGAAGGCUCAGACGAGAAAGCGAUCAUGGCAAUGGGUCUACUCAACACAAUUGAAACGAUCUUAACUGUGAUGGACGAACAACCCGAAGUGAUGCGUUUGCUCGAACCAACUGUGUUGCAGGUUAUAGCCCAGGUUUUGCAAAAUGAGGUUCAGGAGUAUUAUGAGGAAAUCCUGGCCCUAAUCUAUGAUCUAACCAGCAAGCAAAUAUCAGCGGACAUGUGGAAGGUAUUCGAAUUGGUUUAUCAGGUCUUCAUGAAAAAUGGCAUCGACCACUUCACAGACAUGAUGCCGGCAUUGCACAAUUACAUAACAAUCGACACCGACGCCUUUCUCUCGGACGAGAAACGUUUAUUGGCCAUUUACAACAUGUGCAAAGAGAUUUUCGAUAAAGAGUGUGGAGAAGAUCCCGAAUCUCAUGCAGCCAAGCUGUUGGAAGUUGUGAUUUUGCAAUGUCGGGGAAAGAUUGAUAGUGCAGCACCUAUGUUGGUUGAGUUAGCUGCUACGCGAUUAUUGGGAGAGGUGAAAACCAGCGAGUUACGUACAAUGUGCUUACAGGUUUUGAUUGCCGCUUUAUAUUACGACCCACACCUUCUUUUCGGUGUGCUGCAAAAAAUUCCUGAUUUUACCAAUCAUUUCAUCAAACAGUGGCUUCAUGAUGCCGACUGCUUUUUAGGAAUCCACGAUAGAAAGCUAUGCAUUCUCGGACUCUGUACUAUAAUAUCGAUGAACCAGAAACCGGCUGUGCUGUUAGAAAUGGCGCCCAAAGUCGUACCUGCACUUAUUCUGUUGUUCGACGGCUUGAAGCGAGCGUAUGCUGCUAAAGCGCAAUCAGAAGCCGAGGAAGAGGAAAGUGAGAGUGACGACGCCGACUUGGGAGAAGAUGUUCUUAGUUCUGAUGAAGAUGAAAUCGAUGAUCAGGGCCAAGACUAUUUAGCAAGCCUAGCUAAAAAGGCGUUAGCUUCAGACAAAGGAAUGAAUAUCAGUGCAACUAUAAACGAUAUCGACGACACAUCAGACGAUGAUGACUCUGAUUUCGAGCCGAAUGAAGAAACCGUUUUAGAAUCAUACACAACACCAUUAGACGAGGAAAGUUGUGAAGUGGACGAAUAUUUAGCCUUCAAACAAGUUUUUACGAAUAUUCAAUUCCAAGAGCCUGAGUGGUACGCAGCGCUAACAGCGAACCUCGACGAGCAACAUCUCAAAACUCUUAACGAAAUCGCUGUUUUGGCUGAACAGAGAGCAGCAGCUAGGGAAAGUAAAAAAAUUGAACAACAAGGCGGUUACAUGUUUACACAGCAAAUAAUACCUACAAGCUUUAAAUUUGGAGACAGUAAUUCGUGAAGAACUUUUUGAUUAUUUAGUAAAUAAAUAAGAAGUGUAAUUUAUUGUGACUGAAUGUUAUAAAUUGACUCAGAGGGAAAAGUGAUGUACAAUUAUUAAUUAUAUACCAUUAUCAAAUACAUUAAAGUCCUUGGAGUUUUUUCCUGAGAUAUUACGCAGGCUUAUAUUUUUUUAAUCAUUUUAUUUUAAAUUGUAACAUGCAUCAGACUAAGUUAUCUGUGCAAUUAUUAAAAAGUUGUUCAGAUUGCCUUAUUUCUCAAUAGUACAUUUAAAUUGUUUGUGUAAUUUUGUCAGUUUUAUAUCAUCAACGUUUAGGGUAAUCAAUUGAACAUUAUUUGUUAUUUUUAUAAUAUAACAUGUUAUGUCAACAAAGUUAUCUGAAUAUAAUUUGCUUCAUA